AGUUUGGCAGUAGCCGAUGCGAGUGGCUCAUUCAAUUAGACGGCUUCCAUUUAACCCGAUGUGUCGCGGCCUCCUCCGUGAUACCAAUUUAAAUGCGGAUUUCAUAUGGACAAAAUGCUGACGGGCCUUAUCGCACUGCUGUUAUCGCUACUUUCCCUUAGCCCCAUCACGAAUGCUUCCAAAUACCACAGAGAGGCAUUGCAAUUCUUGUUGCGCAAUGGAAACUUCGACCUGAAUCCACUUAACUGUCACAUUUUAUUGUGGGAAACGUGCCCCAAGCGAUUUAUAGAUUAUCAGCUGUUUACAAGCAAUGGACCGCGUCGUGGAACUCCUUUAAAUGUCAAGAACCCAAUAACUUUAUAUAAAGGUGGAUUUAGCAAGCACCGCGAGACUGUCUUCAUAAUACACGGAUUCAAUGGAACUGCCAUAGAUAUUCACCUGCAAUUUCUUCGAGAUGCUUACCUAUCCCGCGAUUUCAAUGUCAUCACAGUGGACUGGCGACCUUUGACCCGCUAUCCAUGCUACCUCCACUCGCUUAUAAACACCAGAUUAACUGCGCAGUGCACAGCCCAGAUCUACGCAUUCCUCACCCACUACGGAGCUGUCCGGGAGCGGAUCACUUGCGUGGGUCACUCCCUGGGCGCCCACAUCUGCGGCAUGAUCAGCAACCACCUGACGCGGAAACAGUACCGCAUCAUUGGAUUGGAUCCCGCUCGGCCUCUAAUUGAGCGCAUGAAGAGCAACAAAUUUCGGUUGUCUAUCGAUGAUGCCAACGUCAUCCAGGUGCUCCACACCAAUGCCGGUUUCCUGGGCCAGGAGGAUAACUCCGGUCAUCUCAACUACUGUGUGAACGGGGGACGCAUCCAGCCCUUUUGCAAAGGAAAUCCAAUCAGGAAAUCGCGAUGUUCGCACUUCUUGAGCAUCUGCUACUUGGCCACUGCCACAUUUAAGCACAAGAAGUUCAUGGGAGUGCCAUGUCCCAAUGGCUGCCUGAAUCUCAGUGGAUCCAAGAGGCUGCCAGUGAGCGGCAAAGUAAAUCCUUUCGAGUUCGCCUCGCUGCUAAGGGAGUAUCACAUAGGCAACGAUGCCCCCGAUGACGCCCGAGGCUGCAUUUGCAUUGAUGUGCCGUAUGCCAAGCACUGCCCCUUUACGGAUGCGUAGGAGCUGGUCUUCAGUAGGUUGUAAUUCUAUGAUAAAGCUGUCGAUAAUAAA